CCCGCCCCGCCCCGCCCGCCAACGAGUAGAUGCUUGCAGACAGCAGCAGCAGCAGCCACUGCAGCAGCAAGCAAGAGAUGCUGAUGGGUUUCCCCGUGGGGUACUCGGAGGUGCCCAAGCUGCUGCUGCACUUGCUCUUCCUGCUCGGCCACCUGCGCCGCCUCUCCUCCUGGCUGCUCCGCCUCGCCGGCCUCGACGUCGAAGGCUCCUCCGACGCCGACCACCACCACCCGCGGUGGCAGUACAACCACCGCGACGACGACGGCGCCGCGGCCGAACGCCUCGAGAAGCACUCCCCCGCGGUGCGCUUCGACUCGCUGUCGUCGGACGGAUCCGCCGCCGGCGUGGAGGCGCUGCCGCUGCCGGAGGGCUGCUGCGUCUGCCUGGGCGACUUCCACGGCGCCGCCGAGGUGCGCCGCGCCCGGGGCUGCCGCCACGUCUUCCACCGCGCCUGCCUCGACCGCUGGGCCGCGCACGGCCACCGCACCUGCCCGCUCUGCCGGACGCCGCUCCUGCCGCCGCCGCUGCUCCUGCCACUGCCGCUGCCGCCGUCGUAGCUUUCAGCAGGGAGACGACCCCAAAUACUUCCUUCCUUUUGGGCUUUUUGGGGAAAAAAUAUUCCUCAAGAAGCACUGCAGGAGGGUGGGUCUCUGGUUUGGUGUGAUUUCGAGCAACUGUAGGGGGCUCAAAGGAGCUUAUGUGCUCUGCUCUGUUCUGCUCUGGUAGUAUCCCCUGGUGGGUGUCCAAAGGACCAAAAGAAAGUGACAAAAAGAUAGAUGCUGAUCGAAAAAUGUACUUAGGUUAGGGCAAGUAAAUACAGGAGUAACUAUAUACAUGAUAUGUAGGUGGAGCAAUUUGCUCUGCUCUGCUCAUUUUCUUGUUAUAUUUUCUUAUCAAUUCUUUCUUCUUUCUCUCUUUGUGAGGUUGGGGAAUUGAAUGCCCCGAUCUCACUAUUUUGUGUUUUACUCUUACUGCUGGGAUGCAGAUAAUAUGGAUGAUUUACCUAAACUUUGUAUGAUGUCCCUGUCUUAGCUUGAAACGAGCUGCGCUUUGCUUG